UAUUUUCUUUAUCUCUUCUCUUACCUACCCACGUGAUGGAAGUCUGAUGUGUCAUUCCGGCCCACACGUGAGGGGCGUGUUAAAAUUCUAAUAUCUUGUCCCACCCAAGUUGAUGAUGGAGUUUAUCCUAUCUCUUCUAUAUAAUAACCCUCCCCCUUAUGACCUUUUUAAGGGGUGAGUGACUCAUUUCUAAUAAUGGCCAAGGCACAAGCUGAAGUACGACAAGCCUAGAAAGAAAAUCCGAGUAUCGAACAGCUAUAUAACACGGAUACUUCACUUUGUUGCCGUAUCGCGUAUCGGAUACGUAUCCGAUACCGAUACGCGACGGAUACGCGACGGAUACGUAUCCUGGGCGUAUCCGCGGGAUGGGCCGUAUUGGGCCGGGAAACCUCAGAUUCGAUACGUAUCUCGGUGGAUACGGCCCAGUUUAAAGCCCAUCUAAAGGAGCCGGCCCGAUAGAAUUAACGGGCUGGACCAAAAAGCCCAUUUGUGAUGUAGCCCAUUGCAGCUGGAUGAACAAAUCUAGCUCUAUAAAUAAUGAUGCUCUAUACAAUAUAAGAUUCCACACAAUUGAGAAAGCCGCAGCUAGGUCAAAAACUCCCCGCCUCCAUAGAUUCGGUAUGUUAUAAUUCAGUUUUAUGUAUCUAUUUUUGCCAUCGCUUUUCUAUGUUAUAAUUCAGUUUUUUGCUCCCCCAAUUCAAUUCAAUUAUAAUUUCAGCAGUAUGGCAUCUCCAAAUCUGAGUGCUACUGCUGCUAGUUCUAGUGCUAGUUCUGCUGCUAGUUCUAGUGUUGGAUCUGGGUCCAGACAAAUAACUGAUAUCAGGGCUCCAUUGUGGGAUCAUGUCACCAUUCUAGAGAAGCCUAAACCUGGUGGAGGAAAUAUAUUAUGGAGAUGCAACUAUUGUCCAUUUUCAAAAAGCACUAGCUAUACAAGAGUUGAAGCUCAUUUGCUGCAAAAAUUAAGACAGGGGAUUAAGACAUGUCCAAAUGUUUCAUUUGAAAUGCUGAGUGACAUGAGGAGGGAAGUGGAAAAGUGUAAGGAGCUAUUGGAAAGAUCAAAGGCAUGCACUGUUUCUUUGCCUGUAGCUCCUUCAGACAACAGCAAGAGGACCAAGAGGGGGCCUGUUUCUCAAUUGGAAAAAUCAUGGGCAUUGCAAGACCGCAAGCACUUGGAUGCUUUAAUUGUUAGAGCAAUGUUUUCUGGAGGGAUUUCUUUCAACUUUCUGAGAAACCCAUAUUUUAGAGAAGCUUUUGCAUUUGCUUGCAGCCGCAAUUUGCCAAGUUACACAAUACCUGGGUAUAACAGGGCAAGGGAAUCACUGCUCAAGCAAGAAAGAAGGCACAUAGAGACUCUAUUGCUGACCUCUCCAUUGAUGAACCUGAGUUGCAGGCUGUAUCAUUUGGAUUGGGUGAUGCCGAGGAUGAAGGUGUGGAGCUGGAGGAGACGGGGAAUGAGGAAGAAGCUUGAUGUUGAUGGCUUGAUGCUAGUUUGCUACUACCUUUUAAUUAUUUCCUAAUUUAGAACCUGCUGCUAUCAUGUUAUUUUGAGUGUAAUAGACCUUUAAUGUCUCUAUGUUGAAUUAGAAUAUCUAUUUUGUAAUUUAUUUUGCACUAUUAUUAUUUAUUAAAAAAAAUAGUUAAAACGUA